AUGAGUUCAGAUGUGACAUCUGGCAAUGAAAAUGCCAAUGAUGUAUCACCUUUACCUUCCACUCCUACAACGACUUUAGAAUAUAGUCGUACAGUAUCACAAGAUUUACGUUAUCUUGAUGAUGCUCUUACUCAUGCUAUUGAUCAAUUGACAAUAUUUAAUAGUGAAACAAUGUCUGAUCUUUCACUUAAAUAUGAAUUAAUGCGUAAUAACGAAAGUCGUGUUAUUGGAUUUUUUGCUCGCCAAUUAAUGUUAUUACAAAUGCAAAGAAUCAGUGGACAAAAUGGUGGUUUUCACAGUGAAUAUUCUAAACUAGAUCGUUUUUUAUCUGUUAUUAAUCUCAAUAAGAAAUCUAUUGAAUAUAUUGUACAACGAAUUACUUUUGAUGAUCUACUAACUAACAAAAUACCAACAUAUGAACAAAUUUUAUAUGAUGCUGGAACAACAGAAACUGAACGAAAAGAUUUUCAUAGUGCACUUACUGCACUUAAAGAUUGUCUUGAUUAUUUUUCUAAUGGUGGUACAAAUGAUAAUGGACGUUUUUAUUGGCAUACAGAAAUACCAAUUACAACUACAGCUCCUCAACAUCGUUUGUCAGAUACAGUUCUUCCAAUUUCACCUAAUACUGAAUCAGUGAGAUCAACAUCUGUAUCUUCUUCAGUUUCAACUGAUUUUGGAACUACAAUGAAUAAUCAUAAUCAAAUGACAGUACCAUUAUCUCCACAUACACGACGGAAUAAUCCAUCUCAUACACCACCUCCAUCUCGUUUAAAUCAUUUAUGUGUAAAUGGAAAAGGUAGAUGUGAACAUCCCAGUAAGAAAAGUUCAGUUGAUCCAUCAAUUUUUACUAUUAAUACUAAUCAACCUCGUAAUAUAGAUCUACAAUUACCUAAUGAGGGUAAUUCGUCUCGUCGAAGUUCAUAUGGUUCAGAUUCAGAAAGUCGUUUAGCAUCUGAAUUAGAGCGCAGUAUUAAGAAUGAAAUAAGUUAUCAUUCUCAUCAAUUGGCUAUACCAUCGCCAUUAUCUAUCAAAAAACGACAAAAUUUGGAUAAUUAUCAACAGUACAAUGAAUAUGAUGAAAAUAAAACUUCAUUGAUAGCAAGAAGAAAAUUAUGGUCUAAACCUAAUUCAAAAGAUGGUUCAGCAACACCUAAAUCACCUACAAUUCGUUCUCCAACAAUGUCAAGUUCACCAUUAGGUUCAGCACAAAAUAGUGAUGCUGAAAAUGAUACAAAAAUACCAGAAGCAUUCAUUCAUAAUACUCCUUCACCUAUUCUUAGACAUCGAAUGGCACAUAAAAUUCAACAUAAGUUUGACAGAACACGUGUUUUCAAAUUUUCCUUUUGCGACGUCUGUAGGAGACAAGUGUUUCGAGGAAAAGCAUGUCUUCAUUGCAAAUACAAAUGUCACAAAGAGUGUAUACCAAAUGCUCCACCUAAUUGUGGCUUUAGUGAAGGUAAAUUGAGACGAGCAAUUGAUAAUACUGAUAUUCAAAAUGCUCUUGCUAGUUCCAGUCCAUUGCCACGUAAAUAUCCAUUUCUAUCAUGGGAUAAUACAAGUCCAGCAUCGACACCAAUAUCUGCACCUGAUUCACCAGCUACACAUCCUCCAAUAUCUGGUUAUCAUUUCAAUCCAUCUAUUGGUAUUAGUGAAUCAAUUUAUGCUACCCAAAAUGAUCCGGAUAGUUGGGUCGUUAUAGACACGACUAACAAAAAUAUAUCAGAAAUUCCGGAAUCUCAAUCAGAUAGUGAUACAAAUUCAACAAUUCAUACAGAUACAGGAACAAAUUUAACAGAUACAAACGUGACAACACAUAGUAAAUUAAUGAGACAACCAUCACAUAGUGAACCACCACCAUGUCCUAAACGUGAAGAUCUUGUUAAAUCAAGACUUUUUGAUAUUAAUUCAUUUGAUGAUGAAGAAGUUGAUCCAGAAAAACGAAGUAUUAACCUUGCGACUUCACUACAAGAUUGGGUUAUUAUAUUUAAUAACAUAAAAAUGAUUGAAGAAGUACGACGUUCAUCUGGUACAUUAAUGAAAGCUCAUUGGCAUGGUGAAAUAGCUGUACGCAUAAUCAAACCUGAUACAAAAAUGGACGAAAUAAAAUUUCUUAAUCAAUUUAAACAUCAAGUAUUUCGAUUACGAAAAGUUCGACAUGAGUAUUUAAAUUUAUAUACAGGUGUUUGUAUCGAAAGUCCAAAUCUUGCAAUUGUUUCAAAUUGGAUUCGUGGUUUAAAUCUAUUUGAAAUGAUUCAUCUUCGUAAUGAUUCAAUUUCACUCAAUACAGCUGCACAAUAUGCUGCUCAAAUAGCACAAGCAAUGAGUUAUUUACAUGAAAAAUCUAUACAUCAUAUGUCAUUACGUACAACAAAUAUAUUUGUACAAAAUAAUCGUAUUAUUUUAACGGAUUAUGGUUUAGUACCAUUAAGUAAAUGUUUUCGAAUAAUAAAUCAACCAGCUAUUAUUGCACCACGUGGAUGGCUUAGUUAUUUAGCACCAGAAAUUAUACGUAAACUUGAUCCACGUAAUGAACAUACACUUUUACAACAUACACCUCAAACAGAUGUUUAUGCAUUUGGUACGGUUUGGUAUGAACUUCUAUUUCGAGAAUUUCCAUUUGCUAAACAACCACCUGAAUAUAUUAUUUGGAGAGCAGGAAAUUCACUCAAACAACCAUUGAGUAGUGUACAUAUAAGUAAAUAUGCGAAAGAUAUAAUUAAUCAAUGUUGGUCAUUUGUACCAGAUGAUCGACCUGAUUUUGCAAUGUUAUGUAAAUCAUUAAGUAAAAUGCCAGGUAAACGACCAUUAGUACGAUCUCCAUCAACUCCUCUUCAAUAUAAUACUCGACCACAUGUUGAAGCACAAUUUUAA